AUGGACAUGUUACUAAUUUUAUCCGCAAUCCUAAUUUUGAUAAUUGGGAUAAUUGGAAUAAUUGCUAACUUUAUAAUGAUAAUUUAUUUUGCAAUUAAUAACGCUCAUCGAACUUCUUUUAACUUGAUUUGUAUUUCUCGAGCUACAAAUAAUAUUUUGGUUUUAUCAACAAGUUUUUUACUGAUAUUUUUUGUUGUGUCCAUUUUGUAAGUUAUUUUUGAAAAAUGCAUUCAUUUUUCAAAUUCUCAGGCCAAGUUCUCCUUAUCCCAAUUGGCUGGAAUAUUUUAUAAUUAGCACUGGAAUUGGCUUAUAUUUAGUUAAUGAAUACACAACAGUUGUAAAUGCUUUGAACAGAUUUUUUGCAAUUUAUGCUCCGAAUUUUUAUUCAAAAUAUAUUGGAAUGAAAUCUACCGGGUUUAUAAUUUCCAUUUUAUAUUUUUAUAGAUUUUAUGCGGUUUAUCGGGAUCUCAGUUUUUAUAUUCGUAAGAAUUUAGAACUGAAACAGAAGACAAUUUUGAAGUUUUUCAGCAAAUGGAUGUUAUAUUCUUUAUCUAGCAGAAUAUUUGACAUAUUAUCCAAGUUUCAAUGAAAAUUGCAAAAAUAUUGAAGAUCUUUCAAUUAUUAUUUAUCUUGUUAUAUUUUUAUUUUCAAAUGUUGUAAUUUUGAAUAUCGCAACAUUUGUAAAACUUGCGACUUUUGCAUUUGUAAGUUAUAUAGAAGGGAGAGAUAAGAAUUACAGUCAAACUCUGAAUAACAUCCGUUGAUCAAAUCUUAAUUUUAAAAAAAACAGAAUUUUUUGUUAGAAUUCAAGAAACAUGGACUCUGGCUCAAAAUCUCGUCUCAAACAAAAUGCUACACUUUUUCUGCAAACAAUUCUUCAAGACUCGUUAAUUUUGGUUGAUAUGAUUUUCACAUUCAAACUUGAAUCCCUAAGUAAUUCGAGGUUUUGGACAUUUAUCAGUUAUGUUUUGGUCUGGGAACUUAUUCACACGCUGGAUGGAUUUAUUAUGAUUUUUUUGAAUGAAAGAAUUUCAGCAAUUCGGGAGCAUUUUGGAAGAAAGAAUUCGAGAAUAUUUUCGACUAGAGUUCCAGCAACUAAUUAAUGAUUCAAUUAAAACAGUGUAGAAAAAGUAAACGUUAUUUUUGUUUUGAGCUUUUAGGGAACAAGAUUGACGAAAUAAUCUUGUUUAGAAAAUCCAAUUAUUUUCAAAACAAUAGCAGGUGAAUUCGUUGAAAUUAUCAUUCUCGUUGUCAGAAAUAUCUUGCUGAUCAUAAAUUAUUUUGUUCAAAGCUAUGAUUAGUUUUAGAAACUCUCUGAAAUUAUUCCAAAUUUCUCAAAACUACUUAUUCAUAACAUCAGAAACGCUAAUUGUCUUGUUCUUGAAAUUCUGAAAAAAUUCACCAUGGACCUAUUACUAAUUAUAUCCGCAAUUCUAAUUCUAAUAACGGGAAUAAUUGGAAUUAUUCCUAAUUUUUUAAUGAUAAUUUAUUACCUAAUCGAUAAAUCACAUCAAACUUCUUUUAAUUUAAUUUGUAUUUCUCGAGCUACUAAUAAUAUUAUAGUAUUAACAACUUGUUUUUUGUUCGAAUUUUUUAUUGUUUCGAUAUUGUAAGUUAUCUACGAUUUCAGUAAAAAGGCACAAAUUUCAAAAUAUUUAGGCCAAGUUCACCUUAUCCAAAUUGGCUGGAAUUUUUUCUAAUCAAUUUCGGAAUUUCAUUAUAUCUAGUUAAUGAAUACACAACUGUUAUCAAUGCUUUAAACCGAUUUUUCGCGAUUUAUGCUCCUUUAUUUUACGCAAAAUAUUUUGGAAUGAAAUUUACUUCUUCUAUACUAUCCAGUUUUUAUUUAUACAGGUUUUAUACGGUUUAUCGAGAUUUGACAUUGAAUAUUCGUAAGCGGGAGUUUUUUGUCAAAAACUCAAGAAAAAACUUAUAAAGUUUCAGCAAAAGGAUGUUAUGCGGUGUAUUUAAUAGAAUAUUUGACAUAUUAUCCAAGUUUUAACGAAGGUUGUCAAAAUAUCGAUGAUGUUUCUUAUGUUAUUUAUCUUGUUAUAUUUUUAUUUACAAUUGUUGUUGUUACAAAUAUCGCGACCUUUGUGAAACUUGCGAUUUUUGCAUUUGUAAGUUUCUUAAAAGAAGGAGUGAAGACUUUUGUGAAAAAUAAAAAAUCAGACAGUUAUGAUCGUAAUCUAUUUACUGAAAUUUCUACAGGAAGUAGGAUUAAAACCCACGCUCUUACGAGAGUACCAGAAAACCCAGGCGACCUCAAACCUGAGUCUGGUGCCUCUGACACGAAAUAUUUGAAAACAGAACAGAAUAAAAACAGAAGAAUUCCUCUACUAUUGAAACGUCAUAAUCAAAAAAAUCAAUGAUUUUAGAAUUCAAGAAGCAUGGAUUCUAGCUCGAAAAGUCGCCAAAAACAAAAUGCUACACUUUUUCUGCAAACAAUUCUUCAAGACUCGCUAAUUUUGGUUGAUAUGAUUUUCACAUUCAAACUUGAAUCUCUAAGCAAUUCGAGGUUUUGGACAUUUAUAAGUUAUGUUUUGGUUUGGGAACUUAUUCAUACGCUGGAUAUAUUUAUUAUGAUUUUGCUGAAUGAGAGAAUUUCAGCAAUUCGGGAGCAUUUUAGAAGAAAGAAUUCGAGAAUAUUCUCGACUAGAGUCGGAGCAACUUGAUAGAGACUAAAAAUUGGUCCUCAGACAGCCAAGGUAUCUCGACAUAUAAUCGUUCUGCCAUUUUUUAGCGAAACCUGUCCUUUUUUCAUCCUCACCAGACCUAGUUCUAUUUUUCUAUCUCUCCCCUUUUCAAUUAUUUGUGCGCCCGACGUUUCGUUGGGCGCGCACACUGCUAUCUUUUUCACAGUGAAUUGUCUUUUUUUUUCUUAUUGUUUUUUAAAAUCUUCAUUUCUAAAUGAAAAUAAAGUGUAUUUUAUAUCAUUUUGCGUGAAAUUUCAUGACCUUCGAGAUAACUAACGUGCAAAUUUAUAAAAUGCUCAUUAUUUACUCGAAAUCCUAUUCGAAAUGUUGCGUCGUUUUGUUUUGCGCUCGACAAUUUCUAGUUCUAUUCCUAAAAAUAUCAGAUAUUCAUCUACGUUCAAAUGUGAUUUGGGUAAUCAAUCAAUUCAACAAUCGGAUGGUUCACGGCGUGUUAGUUUUGCCAAUGGAAAAUCGCUUGAUCAUUUCGUUGAGAAACAUUCGUUGACGGUUUAUGAUUUGGUGAGUAUGUGUGCUCUAAUGCGGAUUUGGAAUGGAGAAAUGAGAUUUGAAAUAUUGUUUUUUUUUAAUGAAUGUAAAACAAAAACAUUUCUGAGAAGCUAGAAACUCGUUCUUCCAUAAAUUCAAAAAAAAUAUUUUCAGCACCGCCGAGGUCUUCAAGUUGGUGGAACCAAAAUGAUGGGAAAAAGAGUUCUAAUAAACAACGAGCUAACUUGGAAGUGGAUGAGCUACGAAGAAGCUCAAAUCGAAUCCGAUCAUUUAUCGCAAGCUUUGAGAAGAUUAGAUCUACCAGCUGGUGAAGAAGUCAGAAUUGGAAUCUAUUCGAAAAAUCGGACAGAAUGGGUUUUGACAGAUAUGGCAAUACAUAAUUUCAGCAAUGUUACAGUACCAUUUUAUGAUACGAUUUCCAAUGAUGAUUUUCUGUAUGUUUCGAAUCUCACUGAAGUUCCGGUAUUUUUUCUGGAUUCGGCGGAUAAAACUGAAAGUAAGUCAUGAAAUCAAUCCAGAUUUUUCGCUUCUCGAUAUUCUAAACUACCACGUGGCGAAAACAAGAUUUUCAAAAUAAUUCCGUUUUUUUUCAGAGAUUCUAUCAAUCAGUGAACAAAUUCCAACCCUUAAAACUAUUGUGCAAUAUGAUUCACUCACUCCAGAACUCAAAAAUCUUGCGAAGAAAAAACAAAUCAAAAUAUUCGACUAUCAAGAAUUUCUUGAAUUCGGAAAAUCCUAUCAAAACCGUACCCCACACAUUCCACCAAAACCCGAACAUCUCGCCACAAUCUCAUUCACAUCUGGAACAACUGGAAGACCAAAAGGAGUUAUGCUAACUCAUCUCAAUUUGUGCUCAACUUUGCACACUACACGACAUUUCAGCUUCAAAAAAAAUGAGAUAACCUCUUUGUCAUAUUUACCGCUUGCUCAUAUUUACGAGAGAAUUACCGGAUAUAUGAUUUUCUAUAAUGGCGGGAAAAUUGGAUUUUUCCGUGGAGAUCCUGAAAGACUUUUGGAUGAUGCGAAAAGUUUAGAAGUUGACACGCUUUUGACAGUGCCACGUGUCAUUGAGAAAGUUUAUAAAUCGAUAAUGCAUAAAUUAGCAGACGAACCACUGAAAAUGAAAUUGGUUUUGGCGGCGGUGGCCUAUAAGAACUUUUUGUACAGGAUGACGUGAGUUUUUUAUGAAGUACAAGUUAGGAUACGGUAGAAGAAUGUUUUGCAGUCAGAUGGUUUUAGUGAUAUUAAAAUUCUCAGAAACUAAAAAUUUGCAGUCCGGGAUACUGUAGAAAAUAUUUCUGACAAUGAAUGUGAAAUAUUUCGAGCUACAUCAAUAGAUACUUGUCGUUUGUUGAUAGAAACUACAGUAAUCUUGCAAAAAUCAACCUCAUCGUUUUUCAGAAACAAAGCCACACGCGAAACUUUGGUCGACAAAUUCAUUCUCUCAAAAAUCCAAGAUCUUCUUGGCCCAAAUUUGAAAAGAGUAAUAAUUGGAGCCGCAAAAUCUGACGUGGAAGCUCUCUCGUUUUUCCGCGGCGCAUUCGGUGUCCAAACUUUUGAAGCUUACGGACAGACUGAAACUUGUGGACCAGUCACUUUUCAAAUCGAAGGCGACACAAAAAUAGGAUGUUGUGGUCCGCCAAUCACAUGCGCAUUGGUAAAACUUCGAGAUGUUCCACAUUUGGAUUAUCAUGUGGAUAAAAAUGGUGGCGAAGUUUUAGUGAAAGGAAUGAAUGUGACACAUGGAUAUUUCAAAAAUGAAAAGGCUACAAAAGAAGCGUUUACUGAAGAUGGAUUUAUGAAAACUGGAGAUAUUGGAAGAUGGAGUGAUGAGGGAACACUUGAAAUUAUCGAUCGUGUCAAAAAUGUUUUCAAAUUACCGCAGGGUAAAUUUGUGGCCCCUGAGAAGAUUGAGUCGCUCUUUAUGACUUCGAAAUUUGUUAGCCAGGUUUAUGUGCAUGGAGAGUUGACAAAACCGUGGCUUGUGGCGGUUGUUGUGCCAGAUGAGACGGUAAGAGUUUUCUGAUCUCACGUGUUAGGAUUUUAGGUUCAGGCUAUUUGGUCAUACUCUAGUAACUAGAUAUUUUCAAGCUCAUAAUCGAGCCAAAAAAUAAAUGAACUAUGACGUGGCAAAGUGCCUAAAAUCCCAAUAAAAAUUCCAGCAAAUCAAACUAUUUGCUAAAAACGAACUUGGCCUAACUAAUGAAACUUUGGAAGAACUCUGCAAAAAUCGAAGAAUCCACGAAGCCGUCUACAAAAGUUUGAACAAGAUUACUGUAGAUCAUGGGCGACCAAGAUAUGAGGGAAUUAAAAAUAUCUACUUGACACCGGAACCAUUUUCACCUGUCAAUGGAUUGGCGACACCGACUUUGAAAAAUAAACGAAAUAAAUUGGAGGAAUAUUUUAGGAAAGAAAUUGAUGAAAUGUAUGAAUUUGUUGAUGAAAUUGAGAAAAUGAUUUGA